AUGUCAUCGAAUAAUAGGAAGAAGCUUCUGUUGAUGGGCCGUUCAGGGUCAGGUAAAUCCUCUAUGCGGUCUAUAAUCUUUAGCAACUAUUCUGCUUUUGAUACGAGACGUUUGGGUGCGACCAUUGAUGUUGAGCAUUCGCACCUACGGUUCUUGGGCAACAUGACUUUAAACCUGUGGGAUUGUGGUGGCCAGGAUGUGUUUAUGGAAAACUACUUCACUCAGCAGAAGGACCACAUUUUUCAAAUGGUGCAAGUAUUGAUUCAUGUUUUCGACGUGGAGUCCCAAGAAGUGAUAAAAGAUAUCGAGAUAUUCACUAGGGCUUUGAAGCAACUGAAGCGGUAUUCACCUGACGCCAAAAUAUUUGUUCUCUUACACAAGAUGGAUUUGGUUCAGCUGGAUAAAAGAAACGAGCUCUUCCAAAUCAUGAUGAGUAAAUUGCAAGAAACGUCUGCUGCCUACGGGUUCCCAAGUUUGGUGGGAUUUCCAACUUCCAUAUGGGACGAGAGUCUUUAUAAGGCGUGGUCGCAGAUUAUAUGCUCUUUAAUCCCCAACAUGGCGACGUACCAGGCAAAUUUGAAAAAAUUGAAGAGCGUUAUGGAUGCAAGAGAGAUCAUUUUAUUCGAACGCACCACAUUCCUAGUGAUAUGUUCAAGCAAUACAGCUAGCGGGGAACUCCUAGAUCCCAAGAGGUUCGAGAAAAUAUCCAAUAUCAUGAAGAAUUUCAAACAAAGUAGUAUGAAAUUGAAGAGUUCGUUCAAGACUUUGGUGCUUGAUAAUACAAUUUACGUGAGCGAGUUUUCAGCCAAUAUGAUGUGUUUCAUAGUGCUAAAUAAGCCAGAUGAUCCACAGGAUUUAGUGUUGGAGAACAUCAAGAAGGUGCGGGUUUACUUCCAGUAG